AUGGCGGCCCAAGAUGCGGGCGUUGUUGAUCUGCUGCGACGUCUCCAAUCUCACAUCUGUUGCGAGGCUCCGAACGAAUUUAAACACAUACUUGCUAUCUACGAGCGUCUCUUGAAUUUUCACAAAGACACAAAUGUGUCGGCACAGCGCGGGCUGCUUGACAUACGUGCAAAGCUGCUAUCUUGCGGACAAGAUGCAAACGCAGUGAACCGCAUGGACCGGACAAUAGAGCACUGCAUAAAUUUGGGGCAGCAGCAUACUGUAGUGGAUGAUGUCAUACAUCUGCUGGUAGCGCUAGCUGGUGGAUACGAUGGAGAUACAUUUGAUCGUGAAGACGCUAAGCUAUUGACAAGCAAAGAGUCCAGUUUGUCAUUGACAGAUGAAAAAACUCGUCCUGGUGAUUGCAUUCAGAUGCGUAACAUUGACAUGGUGCAGCGGUCGCGAGCAAUUUUUCUUAAGGCCCCUAUUUCCCUGCAAGAGAAGUCACUCUACUCUCGUAGCAUUUUCAGCAAUAUUGGCAAUGGCAUUCCAGGUCAACACACCGGGCUUUGGUGUCCUUGUACCGACGCGCGUGACGAUAGAGUACUUCCUAACAGGGUGCAAAACAAGCAGCCUAGCCUAUUUUUCAGUCUUCCUGAUAAAGGCUCGGAUCAGCAAAGCUCCGAUGAUGAGUUUACUACCUCAAAUACUACACAAAUUCAGCCACAUGGUCAAGGCUAUAUGAAUUAUCUUAGCUUGCAUUUUACGUUGGGGGCUGAGAAGCAAUCGAACCGUUUGUCAACAAGAAAAUUACUAUCUCCCCUUGGGAGCUCGCAGAAUGUAAAUUGUGAAUCACAAGCGCAGCAAGAAAAAUGGGGAGUUGCAAGCAGCAUUACAGAAGAGUCAUCGUGGGAAUUGGAAAGCUCUUGCGAUUGUGCUGAAACCUGGGUUGCGCAAACUUAUGCGUGGGAAGACUUGGGAGAUCGCGCAGGCCUACCGGAAAAUCAUGCUAAACCAUCAGCUUGGGAGAACAAUUGGUCACUCCGAGAUCAAGAGAUCUCGGAUUCUUUUGCUUGCAAUCGAGACCCACUUUUUGAAAUAUGCGAAGCAGAUCUGAUAGAGGUGCGAGUAAAACGAACUGGAAUGAUUAGUUUGUUGCUGACUUAUGUUCUGACUCCAAAGUCUUCUCUGCUAGCAUUAAAUGGAGUAGAGUCGACCGUUUUUCGGAGGAAUAUUCAGGCUGCGGAAUUUGAGUUGCCUCGAAGGCUGAGGCUUAAGCUUCCAUUCACAACGGUGUCGUCUACAAUGUCUGUGUUAGAGGUUUUCAGAAUAUCUGGGACCAUGAUUAUGCGCUUGGAGUUGUUAGCUCUCUUUUACUCACAAGAUCCCUCACGUGGAGGCAAAACGCUGCAGGCUAUGGGAGACGCACUGCAGCUGUACCUAUCUGUGCAUCGAACUCUCGUCGAGACUAUCUCGAGGCAAUGCCUGGAAACCUUAUCGAGCGAAAACAAUCAGGAAAACCACAUUAUAUCUGUCACAAAAGUGUUAUACAAGACGCGUGGAGUUUGCCGUGUAGCCAAGAAUGUCGGCGUCACAUUCUGCUGCGAUGUGGAUGACUUUUGGUCAUUGUUGCAAAAGGGAAAAUUUCCUCGUGGAAUAGCGCUUCUGAACCGUUUGCAUCAUUACGUGUCCACCCUUCGCGUGGAUGACUCAUCAGGGCGCAACCAUGCGCUGGUCACAUGGUUUUUAGUCAAGUGUUGUUCGCCGUUAUUAGAGAUGCUCUCUAGCCUUAUCCUAACUGGAAAAGUGGAUGAGAAAACAGAUUUGCUUAACGAGUUUGACGCCACGACGUGGAGCGCCAACAUGCUCACAAUGACUGUUACGGGAGGUGGCGAUGAGCUGUUUAGUGACAACUUUUCUGACAAAGUUACCGAGAUGCUUCCAAAGUUUUUAAGUAACAUUUCUUCCGUCAUUGCUCACCUCAGUCAAAUUCUAGCUCUUUUGCGUGGUGUGAAUGCGCCAAUUUCGACUCGUUAUCUGGCACCUCUUAAGUUGCACCUUCGCGGGGAUCAAGCUAUUAAGCUUGUAGAGAAGUGGAAGUCAAAAAUGGAAAGAAUGGACGACGUGGCAUUUACCGAAGAAAUGUAUCAUUUAGACAACAAAGACACGUAUGGUAAAGUGUCGGGCGAAACUUUUGCUGCAGUGGGAGAGUCAGAACAAGAUGUUUUGCGCGUGAACGUAAGAGGGUCGGGUGUUCUGAUCAAAAUUGCUUCGGUUACCAAUGGUAUGGUGUUGUUUAAGCAUGAAGCUGGGCGAGAGUCAAAAUUGCAAUCAUUAGAAUUGGAAGGAAAGAAACAUCAAUUCGAGGUAACACAGCAAGGAGUCGACGAUAUUAAGCAAAUAAAUGAGAUUGGCAAAGCGUUGGCAGAUCGGCAAGCGAAUGGUAGUGAGGCAAUAUUGACUGAACAUUUUGCGCUAAUCGUCGGUGUCGAAGAGCGACAUGACUACAUGAGAUGGCGACGAGAUCGUGCAUUGCGACUGUCAACCGCGAGGGAGCAGCUUCAGUGUCUUCGUGGAAAGGAUCUGACCGAGUGGCUUAUAGAAAGUCGAAGAAAAAAGUCAACGCUUAAUCCUGUUGACGGCAUGGCGGAUUGUGUUCCAAACGAGAAAAUACUUAAGCGAACGACAGUUAUGACUGGAAAAACGUCAAGAAAAUCAGAUUCAGAAAUCAAGCAGAAAGUUUUUAAGGAAGUGGAUAGUGAUGCAGCCACGUGUAUCUCAUUUGAGACCCGCGCACGUGAUCGGAGAUCGUAUAUAAAAGCGAAGGACUCAAACAAAGCAAUCAAUCAUGCUGAAUAUUGGAGAAACUCAGUAAAAUUGCUCGAGAAGACUAGCGACAGUAGCUCAAACGAAGACAUUGCGUUCAUCGACAGGGAGUCUUACAGAAAAGGUGUGCCUCAUCUAUAUACAUCAAAAGGAAACGGUGCUGCCAUUUAUUGUAAUCUGAACGAUUUGCUCCACGGGGAAUCAACUUUAGCAGAGAAUGGUGGCCUUUUUCCAGCGCUCUUGAUUGACCGUAAGGAUCCAACUCGCGACAAAAGAAUUUUUAGGAGCAAAAGCAGCAAUAGGAGUAAAGAGCUGACAUCUGACAUUGGAACACAAAUGAGUGCCGCUUCUCAAAUUUUAGAGAACACUCGACUACCACUUUCAUCGGUGCACCCGUUCUUUUCGACGCUUUUGACCGAAGAGGAUAUCGGGCUUUUAACACAAGCGUUGACAGAUACCGCUUCGAAAGUUGAAUUAAACUCCUUCGCAUCGGUAGUCGACUGUUGUAUAGAAAAUCCUGUCCGUUUCCUUGCCGAAAAGUUUGAGCAGGUGGCGUUGGACUGUUUUCGUCAUCCGCUACAAAUACUAGAGCAUCUCUGCUGGUUACGUAAGUUAAUGCUCAUGUCAGAAGGGCUCUGCAUGGAUAUCUUUGCACGAGACUUGCUUGUGGGUACACGCUCAAAUACUCGUGCUAAAUGGGGCAUCAAGGGUUGCCUUUCGUCCGUCCUCAAUAUGGCACUGAUUGAGGCUUCUGUCAAGCAAGACGGUAUUGUACAAGCGUUUCAUUACGAGACUACCUCUGCCUUAUCACAAAUGCUAAAUACAUUAGCAAUGAUUCCUACCGUUUCGAAAAUUCUGAAUGAGAUUGAAUUGUUGUACGACGUCAAGUGGCCGUUGGGCUUUGUGAUCAAUACUCAGACGCUGGAUCAAUACAAGCAAAUGCACCGCUUCUUGCUCCAUGUGCGACUAAUAUCACUGGAAUUUCGAGAGGUUUGGACAAUGUUACGUACUUUUCGCAGACAAGGUAGUCUUUCCUCAUCACUUGACAGGCUGUGUGGAGGCACAGUCUUCAAGAUCCAGAUGUUUCUGCGGGCAUAUAAUGAAACGUUUGCGACGCAGGUGCUAAUGGUAGCAUGGACAGAACUUGAGCUUGAAGUGAAACAGGCUACAAAACUGGUAGAAAUUCGUCACUGUCACGAGAAAUACGUAGUAUUUGCAAUUACAUGUUGCUUUCUGGAUGAACACGCUUUCGACAUUCAUUUGGCAUUUCUAGACUUGCUCACAGCAGCUUGGAGCUUAACCGAAUUUUUGCGGGCUCUAGGAAGACAUGUGACAGGGACGAGUCGUCAAGAAGCACACCUGGGCAUAUUAUGCGACAAAUCCAACGCUGCACUUCGGGUAAUGAUAGAAAAACUGCAUCAUUGCAACCAAACUGCUGAACGAAACACACGAAGGUUUUCAGAGUGUCUGCUAAUCCGGCUUAACCUGAAUAAUUACUAUUUCAUGGGCGACGCCUAG